AUGCUGUCCGCUUUUCCAUUUCUCACGCCCGAAGAAUUCAAUUGCGCCUGUCAGAAAUUUGCCGAACGCGCGCGGAGCUGCACGGUCGCCCAAGCUGAGGGAAAAUGGUCCUCGAGCAACCCUCUCAGCCUCAAAAUUAGUAAAUAUGUCGAGGUCCAAGCUCCUGCAUCGGAGGAUGCAGAUCUACACGAACCAUCGAAGCGUCUAGCUCCGGCUACAUUUACACCUGCUUCCCUACAGGCUCAAGCACAAGCACAGAAUGAUGAAGGAGAAGAAGAAGAGCAGGAAGAUUCGGAAGCGCUGAUUCGCAUCAAUGUCCAACCGAUUCUGCAACUGGAUUAUGAUAUCGUGCUGUCCCCGACGUACCGAGUCCCCGUCUUGUAUUUCACGCUUCGGUGGCACAAUUACCCGGGCCCUGUAGGCCUCAACGCCGUCUACCAGUACGUGGUUCCGGAGCAGUACAGGCAACAGUUGCAGAGUGUGGGUGUCAUGGGAGGGAUCAGUUUUGGCUAUCAUCCGGAGUCUGGUACCCCGGCCUUUUUUGUCCACCCGUGCAACACUGCGGAUGCCAUGACACAUGUCGCACAUGAACGAGGCAUCACGGGCGAAACUUAUCUUCUCGUCUGGCUCGGCCUCGUAGGUCAAUCCGUGAACCUGCACGUUCCCCGCGAGAUCGCCCUUGGGAUUGAAACCAGCCCAAGGCAAUGA